AUGGCUGACCCAGAGACACUAUAUACGAAGCAGAAUUGCAUUGGUGGUGGUAGUUUCGGCAAGGUGUACAAGGGUGUAGACAAGAGGACUGGACAAUCAGUGGCUAUAAAAAUCAUCGAUGUGGAAAAUGCUGAAGAUGAAGUGGAGGACAUUAUUCAAGAAAUCUCGAUCCUAUCCGAGCUGAAAUCACCUUACGUUACGCAAUACCAUGGCUCAUUUCUCAAGGGCUCAGAUCUGUGGAUUGUUAUGGAGUUCUGCUCAGGAGGAAGUUGCUCAGAUCUUAUGCGCCCAGGUUUGAUGACCGAAGACUACAUCAGUAUAAUAGUAAGGGAGUUGCUGAUGGGACUUGACUAUCUACACAGCGACAAGAAACUACACAGGGAUAUCAAAGCUGCAAAUGUGUUACUGGGUGCGAACGGACAAGUCAAGCUGGCAGAUUUUGGCGUAUCUGGUCAACUUUCAGCCACUAUGACAAAGAAGAACACUUUCGUCGGCACACCAUUCUGGAUGGCUCCGGAAGUUAUCAAGCAGUCUGGCUAUGAUCAUAAAGCAGACAUCUGGUCACUAGGCAUUACCGCCAUCGAGCUCGCACAAGGAGAACCUCCCUAUGCCGACAUCCACCCUAUGAAAGUGCUCUUUCUGAUACCUAAGAAUCCACCUCCGAUAUUACAGGGUGCCUUUUCGCAAUCCUUCAAAGACUUUGUAGGGCUGUGUCUGCGCCGAGAUCCAAAAGAAAGACCGACCGCGAAGGAACUGCUGAAACAUCCAUUUGUGAAACGGGCUAAGAAGACAACAUACCUUACAGAGCUGAUAGAACGACACGAGCGAUGGCAGGCUAAAUACGGAAAUAAGAAUUCUGAUGAUGAGGAUGAGGAAGACGAACAGAACCAGAACCAGCAGUACGACAAUGAGAAUGAAGAUCUCUGGGAUUUUGGAACAGUCAGGCCUGCAGGAGGAACUAGAUCAGGCGGUCUUAGACAAAUGAAGUCCUCAGAAACUAAUUCCAGAGCCUUAGUAGAGCCUAGAAGUGCUCAAACCAAGUUUGGUUUUGACAAUACUGUUAAGGCUCCCAUUUCUCCGCCCAGGUCGCCAGUCAAGGAGACCUUUCCAGAUACACCUCUCUCACCAACGAAGAUACCAUUACCACAGUCACCGAUCAAGCAAGACCCGUCACGUACGAACAAGCAACCGAACCUACAACCACAGCGCCCGGCACCACAAACGCCUGCUGCAUUGAAUAGCAAACUUCAAAGAACUCACAAGGACAGCCCGAGCGAAGAGGAAUAUAACAAAGCUUUUCAAGCUCAGUUAUCGAGCGAUAUGAGCUUUCUUUCGCUGUUACAACCAGGCACUUUACAAGAAGCCACGUCUAUCCCACAACAAUCGAAGCAGCCACCAACACAAUUUGCUAUACCCGAUAUACCUCCCUUUAAGGGCAAGCCUGGCAGAGGAGAGCCUAUAUUGCAACCAGCACGCUCAGGUAGUAGCUCUUCCUUGACUUUUGAACAGAAACCGUUACCAUCUUUCACCGCACAAGAUCUACCGCCCGUCCCACAACCACCUAACCAGAAAGUGCUACCGUUAAGUCCAAAUCAGGUGCGGACGGACUCAAACAAUUCGCAGGCAAUGGGAGACGUGCAGAUUCAGCCAACGAGUGAAGAUCAAUACAAUCAGAAUCCGAAGAAUCCGACCAAAGGGCAGGUUCAGCCACAAGACCUAUCAGCACUAUCGUCUGUCGUCCUACCUGCUUUAGAUGCCUCCUUAAGAAGACGCACAGCUAUGCUCAGAGACAUAACAACUCAGCAACCGAUAGACGCGAUGCAGAAACGCAAGCUUUUAGAAUCCCACGAAAGAGUUCGAAAACUGGUUGGCAAAUCUGCACAGAUAUUCCAAGAAAUCCAAAGAGUAGAUACCGAGAGUCCGGUUGGUAUGGGUGGUGGUGUGAAAGAAUACCUCGAAGCCUUCCUGGAAGAAUUGCUGGUACGAAUCGAGGUUGGCGAGGAGUAG